AUGGCAAUGGCUUUUGAUGCAAUGCUGGCUCGGAUCAAGGAUGUUUGUAAAAGAAAUGGCUUGCUCAUUCUCUCAGUAUUGUCUGUCAUAGUGGGAUGUCUGCUCGGCUUCUUCCUUAGGACCAGGCGACUCUCUCAGCAGGAAAUUAGUUAUUUCCAGUUCCCUGGGGAGUUAUUGAUGAGGAUGCUGAAAAUGUUGAUUCUACCACUAGUUGUCUCAAGCUUAAUGUCUGGACUAGCAGCCCUGGAUGCAAAGACCUCUAGUCGAUUAGGGAUCAUAACCGUCACUUAUUAUCUGUGGACAACAUUUGUGGCUGUGAUUGUGGGAAUAAUUAUGGUCUCCAUCAUCCAUCCUGGUGGGGCAGCACAGAAGCAGAACAUUGAAGAGAGUGGAAAGCCAAUUAUGAGCUCUGCAGAUGCCUUGCUAGACUUAAUUCGGAACAUGUUUCCAGCCAACCUUGUUGAAGCCACAUUCAAACAGUACCGCACCAAGAACAUCCCUAUCAUCAAAUCCAACAAAGCAGCUUCUGAAAGCACUACUCAUCGCAUCAUAAUAUAUGGGGUCCAGGAUGAGAAUGGGUCCAACGUCCAGAACUUUGCCCUGGAUAUCACUCCCCCUCCAGAAGUGAUUUACAAAUCAGAGCCAGGCACUAGCGAUGGCAUGAACGUGUUGGGGAUUGUGAUAUUCUCUGCGACUAUGGGUAUAAUGUUGGGCAGAAUGGGUAACAGUGGCAUUCCCUUGGUCAGUUUUUGUCAGUGUUUAAAUGAAUCUGUCAUGAAGAUAGUGGCAGUUGCUGUUUGGUAUUUUCCAUUUGGAAUAGUAUUUCUAAUUGCUGGCAAGAUCUUAGAAAUGGAUGAUCCCACAGCCAUUGGGAAGAAGCUAGGCUUUUAUGCCAUUACAGUGGUUUGCGGUCUGGUGGUGCAUGGACUGUUCAUUCUGCCAAUGAUGUACUUCUUUAUCACCAAGAAGAAUCCGAUUGUCUUCAUCAGAGGGAUUCUUCAAGCCUUGCUCAUUGCCCUGGCCACAUCAUCCAGCUCAGCCACAUUGCCUAUAACUUUCAAGUGCUUGCUGGAGAAUAACCAUGUGGACAGGAGGAUUGCCAGAUUCGUGCUGCCUGUGGGGGCCACGAUCAACAUGGAUGGGACCGCGCUGUACGAAGCGGUGGCAGCCAUCUUUAUUGCUCAAGUAAACAACUAUGAGCUAGACUUUGGACAGAUUAUUACUAUAAGUAUCACAGCAACAGCUGCCAGUAUAGGUGCUGCAGGGAUCCCACAAGCUGGCCUCGUGACCAUGGUCAUUGUUCUGACAUCAGUUGGGCUGCCUACAGAUGACAUCACCCUAAUUAUUGCAGUUGACUGGGCACUAGACAGAUUCAGAACAAUGAUCAACGUCCUGGGAGAUGCCCUUGCUGCUGGAAUCAUGGCUCACGUCUGCCGAAAGGAGUUCACCAAGGAUGGCGAUGAGGUGCCACUGAUCUGUGAAACUAAACCUAUUAGCAUCCACCAGCUCAUGGCUUACCAGAGAAAUGGCUGCGUGAAGCACAUGAACGAGUGUCGUGGACCCGAAAUUGUGAAAGUAUUUCAGCAUCACAUACCUGUACAAGUGGAGCAAGAAGAAAACCCAGUGGAGAACCACAUGCGGAAAUGUCAAGACCACUGCACUAUUGAAAUCAAUGAAUUGGAAACAAACGUGUAAUCGCUAGACUUGAUGGUAUCCGAUACCCUGUGACCUGAUACCCAAUCGCUACCUCACAGCUGGCGGGCAGGACUCUGCCUCGAAUGGAAAACCGUGGAGUUAUUGCCACACUGCUUGUACCGGAGCUAGGAGACCAGCUGUGAACGUCAGAAAAGGCACAAGGCGAGAAAGAGAAGAGGGCUGCUCCAGUGGGAUGAUUUGAAUACUGGAAACUUAACCGAUGGACAGUUUUGGUUUUACUCUGGGCACAGUGGUUUGAUUCCAGCAUCGUAUGUUGACACACCUUGGCUCUUUUUGUAAAUUUUUUAUUUUGAUUCUUUUUCAUUUUCUAACAAAAGCCUUUUUUGUGUGUGUGCAGCUUAUUAAUUAUGCCCACGACGUGCAUAGAUUGCUUGGUACGUGACAGUAUUUCAGAAAACAGACUGACGCUACUUCUUCUAGUCCCUAAACAACGGAGGUCACACUCGGGUUGAGAAUAACACUAAGAAAGCUGCACUGAUUUCCUAGUCUCUCAAGGCAAUUCUUUUAUCAUUCAUAAUGCUGCAAACUGAAAAUGGAGCGAAAUCUGUAUCCUUGCAGGGAAACAUUAAAAAAGCAAGGCUGGUGGACACACUUUGAAGACUGGUAUCAAACUGCACGGUCUAGUACAAAGACGCCUGGACUCCCGCAAAGGACAGUUUGUAUUCCAAGUGCCAGAUUCACACGUCCGUGUUUUAAAAGUCCAACUGCACUGGAGUCAGUCUCAUAUAGCCACAGUGGCAGAGCCACGUCAGCCCUCACACACACACACACACACACACACACCCCCACACUGGUGCUAAAGAGUGCUCAUAUAUUCUCUCCUUAAAUUUGUAGGCUCUUCUACUGUAUAUAUGUGUAAAUUUGAUGCUCAAAGCUCUUGAACAACAUGCUUCAUCCCAAGGGCAGACUAAACAGAGACUGAAAUCCAGUACAGAUGACUAAUAGUUGGGCUCCGUGGGGAGUUGGCUGUGGAAACUGGCCUGUUAUUAUUCAUUAUACCGUGGUUGGACUCUAUUGAAUGUUGUUUCUCUUGUUCAGCUAUCUACCGAAUCCUUCAGUUAAAAUCAAAUCUGCUGGGUGUGUAAUGUUUGUAACGGAAAACACUUUUAAUAAACCUGCCAUUGCAAAA